AUGCCUGCAAAUGGAAGCGGUCCCUUGAAGCUGCAGUUUGGGCUAAUCAACCACAAGGGUCGUUACCUCACUGCAGAGGCCUUUGGUUUCAAGUUGAAUGCAUCGGCUCCCAGCCUGAAAAAGAAGCAGAUAUGGACUCUAGAGCAUGACACUCAGGACUCCCAAGUGGUGUAUUUACGCAGCCACCUGGGACGCUACUUGGCUUCUGACAAGGAUGGCAAAGUCACCUGUGAGGCAGAUGGCCACAAUUCAGACUGCCGCUUCCUCAUAGUGGCUCAGUCGAACGGCCGCUGGGCUUUUCAGUCUGAGCAAUACCUACGCUUCUUCGGCGGCUCACGGGACUACCUGUCCUGCUUCGCUCAGACAAUCACAGAUGCCGAGCUGUGGGCAGUGCACCUGGCUCUCCAUCCUCAGGCCAACCUUCUGUCAGUCGCCCGUAAGCGCUAUGCCCACCUCGCUAUGGAGGACGGGGAAAUCGCAGUAGAUGUGAACAUACCUUGGGGUGUGGAAGCGCUCCUGACCCUCGUCUACCUGGAUGGGAAGUACUGCCUAAAAACUUGUGACAGCCGGUUUCUCAGCAGUGAUGGAAAGCUAGUGAAAGAGAGUGGGCGAGGCACGGCAUACACAUUAGAGCUGAAGUGCGGAAAGCUAGCCUUUAAAGAUUGUGAGGGUAGAUAUUUAUCUCCCAUGGGGCCUACGGGCACCCUGAGGUCAGGACGUUGCUCCAAGCCAGGCAAAGAUGAACUGUUUGACUUGGAAGAGAGCCAUCCACAAGUGGUUCUGAUAGCAGCUAAUGGCAGAUAUGUUUCUAUUAAACAAGGCGUAAGCCUCGCUGCCAAUCAGGAAGAGGAGACCGACAUGGAGACAUUUCAAAUGGAGAUUGACAAGGAGACCAAGAAGUGCACGUUUCGCACCAGCCAAGGGAACUACUGGGCUCUGGUGGCGCAUGGAGGCAUCCAGAGCACGGCCUCAGAAGUAUCAGCCAACACCAUGUUUUCAGUGGAGUGGUUGAGCCACAAGGUGGCGCUAAAGGCCAGCAAUGGCAAAUACAUCUGCAUCAAGAAGAAUGGUCAGUUACUUGCAGUCAGUGACUCCAUAGGUGAGGACGAGCAGCUCACUUUAAAACUAAUCAACAGGCCCAUGCUGAUCCUGAGAGGGGACAAUGGAUUCAUCUGCCACCACAAGAACUCCAACACGCUGGACGCCAGCAGAUCCGUCUACGACAUCUUCACCCUGCAGUUCAGCAACGGGGCUUACAAUAUUAAAGGUCAGAAUUAUGACUUUUUCUCCUGUGCAGGCAUCGACGGGCGGUUCUGGUACGUGAACAGUGCCGGGCUGGUGUGUUCGGAUGGUGAGGCCCCGGAGGAUUUCACUCUGGAGCUCCUGGAGCGUGGACGCCUCACCAUCCGUGGCAAAAACGGCAAAUACCUGCGUGGAGACCAAGGAGGCACUCUCAAAGGAGAUGGACUCGGCCUGAGCAGCUCGGCCCUUUGGGAGUAUUAGAUCAAAUCUCAAGACCAAACUCCUUCUAAAAAAUAAUAAUGG